UGUCAUAUUUUAUUUAAAUAUAAACGUGUAUGUUAUUUGCUAGAUUCAACUAUAAACAUCUUAUGCUCAUCUUGUGCAUUAUUAUUUGAUUGACUGGCACAUUCCAAAACUUGGGGAGUUAGCAAUAAGAUGAUGAAUUGUAACAAUAAAGCGAGCAACUAGUUGCAACUAAUACAUAAUAUUGCGCACAUUAUUAGAUGAAUUAUUAAUUAGUGACAAAUUAUAAUUAUUUGUCAGAAAGAAAAGGUGACUUCCUUAGAAAUUUAGAUCGCCUUUCAAUGAAUUUGCAAUUUAAGAUGAUGAGGCCAACGACAGAAGUUUUAAUAUAGGCCUCAAAAUCAUAUAUGCUAGAAAAAACAGUGAUGUUUAUUAUAACCAAUACUACAAGUUAGGUGUAAGAUGGUAUGCAUUGAACCUUCUCCAAAUCAUAAACAACCAAAACAAGGACCAAAUUGAAUAAACGUAUUAACAAAGCCAAAACAAAUUUAAGACCUCAUAACAAAUCUUGACAUUGAAUUGAAUUCUCUUUAAAAUUAUUAAUGGACAAACUGCAAUAAAAUUCAUCAUAUUUAUCUAGAAUCUCCCUGCAUCAGAAUCCCCAAGGGUUAUCAUCAACUCAGAAACUUACGCAAGGUCAAGCCAGGUUGGAGCUUGCUACAGGAAACUGACUUGCUUAGGGAUGGCGGAUGAAAGGUAAAAUUUUCCAAAUACCAUUGAAUUUGAACUUCUCGAAUUGGUGGCAGGGAAGGAAACCAUCUUGGAUCUAGUCAAGUAUUUGUGGAGUAAGAUCAAUUCUUAAAUUGGGGGCAAGGAAGAACAUGGGAAGUGGUCGAACGAUUUCAUUGGAGAAAGAUCCUUGGAUUCCAGGUCUGCCUACUUUUAAACUUCAGCCUGGGAUUAGGCAGCAACUAUGGGCUUUUCAAUGGAUCAUGGAUGAUGGUUGUGAGUGGAAUCUUGAUAUCAUUCGUCAAAGUUGUACAACGGCUGAAGUGGAGGCUAUUAGGAGGAUCCCAAUUGGGAAUGAGGAUGCUAGGGAUGAUUGGGUUUGGCAUUUCGAGAGAUCAAGGAUUUUCACUGUGAAAUCAGCUUACCAUGUGUUCAGAGAGUCAGAAAGGAAUCGCCUUGGAACUCCGAAUCCGAACCACCCUGACUGCACUUCCAAAGCUUGGAAGUGGUUAUGGAGCCUUUCAUUGCCCCCAAAGAUCAUCUCCUUUAUUUGGAGGAUAUCGAGGAAUGCGGUGGCUACUAAGAGGAAUCUUUGGUCGCGUAGAUGUAGCCCAUCUCCGAUGUGUCCGAUUUGUGACUUGGGAGACGAGGACGUUAGGCACUGCCUCUUUCAAUGCCCACACGCGGCUAGGGUGUGGCAGGCUAACCAUCCUUCUCUUACCCUCCCCCAGGAUGCGUGGCCUGUUGUUAUGUGGCUUCUUGAUAUUCACGAGAACUCUCCUGCCUCUUCUAUCCCGGCUGUGGUGGCCUGCCUAUGGGCUAUCUGGCUGGCUCGGAAUGAGAGAGUGUUCAAAGGGAUCAUGCCACGUACUGCGGUAACCACGGUUAAUGCGGUUAGGGAUUUCACUUUUUGGAGGACUCCUUCUCAGCCUCCAAGCACUGUCGAUUUCCAAGCCCAACAUCGAUCAAACCAUACUGCACUCAGUCUACCGCCUAGUUCUUCCCAUUGGGAAAUUCACUGUGAUGGAUCUUUUAGAUCGGAAUCACAGGUGGUGGCAUAUGGGGUCAUCAUUAAGAAUCCUCAUGGGCAAGUUGUGGAUGGUUGUGCUGGCACCUUCUUCUGUUCUUCAGCGAUAGUUGCGGAAGCAAAAGCCUUGUUGACUGCUGUGAGAGUUGCUGCUUCUCUCCAUUAUCCAGUUUCUAUCUUUUCGGAUUGCAAAGUGCUUAUUGACAUACUACAUGAUCCGAGGAGAGUUGGCCCAUGGCAGGUGAGGGCUUGGAUUCAAGGGAUUCGCAGUCUUCUCCAUUUGUAUCCAGGAUUAGUAAUCUUCUUUACACCAAGAUGAAACAACAAAAGUACAGAUUGGGUCGCUAAGGAAGCUGCUAAUGGAUCUCUCCCUCCGGAUUGGAUCCAAGUUUUGGAUAUUGUUUUUCCGUUGUUGUAAUGUGGCUAUGCUUGUACGAUUAUCGUUGAUAUGAAUGGAAAUCAUCUAUUUGUCAAAAAAAAAAAAAAUUAGUGGCAGGGUACCACCGAACCUGGUACCACCCAAGUCAAUGAGCAGUGUCUCUGUCCAUCUUUCCUUCCACUUCAAAUUUUCUUACUUUUAGUUACCUUUUAGUACCUAGAACUUCUAAAACACCCAAAAUAAUAUAAAUUCAAUAAAUAUCAUUCCAAAAUUAGAAAACCAACUUAUAGGUACAAAACUAAUAAAAAGGCUACUGAAAAUAUUUCAAUAAAACUAGAAAAAUUAGGGAAAAUAAUGAAUGAAUAUCAAAAAAAUAUAAUAAAAUGCUAGAAGUCAAUAAUAAACAACUAAUAUCAAUAUAAUAAAAAAAUAGAAAGAAAUAUAUUCAGAUUUAGAACGGGCUAAGGAUACAAUUACUAAUAUUAUAAUAUACAUAAAACAAAGAGAAAUAGCAAUAGGAAAAUCAACUUCAGAUUCAAAGGAAGUAGUUUUACCAGAAGAAGAUCUUAAUAAUGAACCCAAAUAAUAAUGAAAGUAUUUGAAUACUUCCCACAAAAAAUGAGGAAAGUAAUCAAAAGAUAUCUUGAGCUAUUCCCCAAAGAAUGAGAAAUAUUUCUCAAGUAUACAAGCAACUACCCAAUAUUCGAUCAAGACAAGCUAUUGGUCGGAGCAAAUGCAGUUAUCCUUAUGGAAAUAUCAAACCAUGAUUAUCCUACCAAAGAUGACCUACGAGAUUAUGAGAAAAACCCAGACUACCAAGUAAAAGGUCUUUCUAGCAGUAUGCAGGACAUUGACCAAGAUUGAACUAGAAAGUCAUAUCAAAGUCAAUUACAGCAGCCCCGAUGCCAUCAUCACCAACAAAACUAGAGAAAACAUGACCAAAGAAGAAUGGACAAUCAUAACAGGUAAAAUUAAGGAAUUCACUGAAAUUAAUGGAAAUCUGUCAGCUCUUCCCAUCCAAAUCAAGAAACAGCUGUGCAACGCACUUAUUAAUUUAUGAGGAGUUGAGGACCACUUCUACGAGUGAUGUGCAUCAACUGACAAAGACAUCAAUGGACCAGCAGACCAAGACUAAGAAAGGCAUGUGAAGAAACAGAAAGUACUCAAACAAACAUGGUACAAAACGACAAUAAAAGGUUGGCCGACUCCUUUAAAAAAAAUUGUGCAUUGUUGUAUUUUAUCAUCUUUUCUUAUUGUUUCACGCGCUUCUUUGACGUGUUAGCUUUACGUCUCUGUCUCACAAACGUAAGCAAUGACGUCUUUGUAUUUCCUCUCAACUCUAUAUAAGAGCAUGAGUUUGCGAUGAAAUAAGGCAUUUAGAGUUUGGCCAUAAAAAUUGUUUAUUUACUCUCUCCCUCUAGCUUGCUAGUUGUAAGGCUUGGAUCCCCUAAUCCUGGAGGCCACAAACAUCGUCAAUAUAAUUAAACGUACGGAGAGUAGCAACAAUCAUCAAGCGAUCAACAAAAAACUCAAGGUUUCCUUCAGAAGAAGAAAUCUAGUAUCUCUACCUCGAGUUAUUUUGACUACUUAAACAAAAACGAUGAUGAAAACUACUUCUUAGAUGGUGUUAUAGACAUCAAGAAAAUUAGAGAAAAAACUAAUUUUACUAUUUUGGAAACUUUAUCAAAACUAUUUGAUAGAUAAAACAUUAUUAAAUAUGGUAAAAUGAUAGGUGAAGUAGCAGUCCCUAUGGAUCAAACUAAGGGCAAUUUUCUAAUCCAUGUAAUAAAUAGGGAACAACUUA